GGUCCGAUAACAGGCGGCCCGGCGGUGCUGCAGGUCCACCUCCUCGGAGCCGCGGAGCCGAGUGGCUUCUUCCAACAUUUCGGUUUCCCAAGGUGGAGGAAAUUGAUGAAGUUAAUGAAAGGAGCUUCGGCCUAGUUUGUUUCGUCGAGGACUGCGGCGGAUCAAGGUCUCCUGCCCUCAGCUUGAAUCGUUUAGAUACAGACUUGUCUAUUUUUAAGAGCGUUUCGAAGUGAUCGGAAUGGCGGGUGGCGGCCUCGCUGCGUCAGCGCUUUUCGGGGGGAUGCUUUUGCUGUCCGUCAGCGGCUCUCUGGGUAGGAGGGACUGCACCGGCGUGGACUGCCCCCUGCUGGAGAACUGCAUCGAGGAGGUGCUGGAGAGCGGCGACUGUUGCGCGUCCUGCCUGCAGACGGGCUGCACCUGCGAGGGCUACCAGUACUACGACUGCGUCAACGCCGGUUUCCGCAACGGCAAGGUGCCCGAGGGGGAGUCUUACUUCGUGGACUUCGGCAGCACCGAGUGCUCGUGCCCGAUGGGUGGCGGGAGGAUCGGCUGCCACUUCAUCCCCUGCCCUGAGAUCCCGGCCAACUGCAUCAAGACCUCGCACCCAGCCGAUGGAUGCGCGCAAUGCGAGCGCGUGGGUUGCAUCCACCACGAGCAGAAGUACGAAGCGGGCCAUACGUUCCACAUGGACCCAUGCCAGGUGUGCCACUGCCCCACCGAUGGCGGCGACCUCAUGUGCUACCCCAUCCUUGAGUGCAACCCCCAGCAAGUACAGAAGCCCGUGCUGGCCACCACUACCGAGGACGCUGCAGCCGAGACACCCUUCGACCGCCCUUACAUCCUCGACCGGGAUGGGGCUGAGGACCGCAGUUCCACGCUGUACAGUCUGAUACGCUCUGACAACCUCCCGCCUUCUAAAAAUACCCCAAAUCGUGAACAAGCCCCUCCCCUCUUAAGAGAAGAAGACGAAGAAGAAGAAGAGGAGGAGGAAGAGCAAAUGGAUUACGACUAUUCGCCCAUGGAUACUUUAAAAACUCCUCAAUUUCUGGCCACGCCAACAGAACCUCCUGUGAUUCCUGUGACCGAUCCGAGAAGUCCUGCUCCACCCACCGGACUUGAUGAAGCAAGGCAUGAACUUAGAGAGAGAUUUGGAAGUCAUGACGUAGAGGAAGAAAAAGGAGAGAGUACUGAUGCUCCACAGACGUUGGAUGAGACCACCACAGCUCUCCAGGAGACAACAGUGGAGCAGGAGGUACACCAAGACGCUCAAACGUAUCAUCAGGGGUCUGGCUUUGUGAAAGAAGGCAGCAGUAAUGGAGAAAAGCUGGUCACACCAAAAGAUAUUUCAGAACAUGGUGAAAAAGAUCUGUUAUAUGGAGUUGACCACGGACAGAGAAGCAAACCCAACGGACCCGUGAGGGAGUUGGACACUCGUGUCGCUGUAAAAGGUACACCUCAUGUGGUUGACAGUGAACUCAAUGUCAUACACCGUGGUCAUGUGAUGCAAAUUAACAACACAGUCAGCGGAAAAGGUGUGUCUCGUGUCAUUGAUGGUGAACCCGAGCACAGAAGUGGCAGUCGUGCGAUGGCAGUGAAUGCGAGCUUCAGCCCCGGAGACACGUCAGUUAGCCGUGAACACGUAAAGACACAUAAUGGUCACGUGAAGGAUGGUAGCACGGUGUUAGGAGGCGACAGCGAGCAUCCGGUGGACCGCAGCACACCCUCCGGGGCACCUGAACACAACACGGUCACCGCAGUACAAUUCAGCCCGACCAGCAAACCAACCGCUAAGAUCAAGGUGGACGAGGAAGAGUCGAUCCAGAUCCAGCAACAGCCCCGCCCUAAGUACCAAGCCCAGGAAGAGGAUGGACCCAACGUUGUGGACUCUCUUCCAGAGCAGCAUGAUAUUUCUGCCAAGGACCUGGUGGAAAUGUGCUGUGAUGCAGGACACAAGUGGGCAUCGGACCAUCGGCACUGCGUUGGCAUGCGCUUUCUUAGAGACGACAGCCACUCCGUGUGCAGGAUUUCCCAGGAGCGGUGUUGCCUGGCGUUCCUGAAGGAGAGCAGCUGUCUGGCCGGCAUGAAUGCAGCCAAGGCUGGUGACACGUGUGACGUGGACCGCGACACCUGUGGCUUUGACUCCUACCAGGAGUGCUGCAACUGUUGCACCCUGGGCCUGAACUUCCGAGCCAGGGGGCAGGGCUGUGAGGCACAUCAGCACCUCGGCUACCCCUGCGGCCACGUCUUCCUGACCUGCUGCGAGGAGGAGGACGGCAUCGACCAGCCCACCCUCAGGAGGAAGGAGAAGCCCGAGCCCACAGCGCUUCCUAAAAGAGUGUCAGACAGCGGCUUCCCCAAUCAGGCCUUCUCCAUCCAGGAGGCAGAGACAGCCAACUCGGUGGAGGAGCCAGAGGACAUUGAUGAGUGCCAGCGCUUCGAGGGCCAGCAGUGCCACCAUAAGUGUAUCAACACAUGGGGCUCCUACUUGUGCGCUUGCUUCCCUGGGUACCACCUGCUGCCUGAUGGAUACGUCUGCGUGCCAGAUAACCCAGUUGAAGACAACCGAGUGGCAGAGGAAGAGAGGCUGGCGACUGAGAAGAUGAUGACAACGGCCUCCACUACCCAGCCCCUGACAACGUACAACCCAUGUGAAGGGAACGGACCGUGCGCUCAGCAGUGCGCCGUGGAGGAUGGCCAGGCCCGCUGCUCCUGCUUCCCUGGCUUCGCCCUCGCGGCUGACGGACGGACGUGUGAAGAUGUGAACGAGUGCCAGAGCAGCGUGCACGGUUGCUCGCGGGGGCAGGUUUGCGUGAACGCUGAGGGCUCCUUCCGCUGCGCGGGUCUCGGCGAGCUGUGCGCCGAGGGCUUCGUACUCAACGUGAAUGGCGAGUGUGUUGAUGUGAACGAGUGUGUGACCAACACACACAGCUGCCAGGCCAGCGAGAGGUGCCUCAACACCGUGGGCUCCUUCAUGUGCGAGAAGCAGACCACGUGCCCCGCCGGACACCAGCUGAAGAACGACGCGUGCGUGGAUGUGGACGAGUGCGCGGCGGGGUCUGACGGCUGCGCGGCGGGCUUCGAGUGCCAGAACACGGUCGGCUCCUUCUCCUGCAAUCCCCGGCAGCGCUGCUUCACUGGCUUCACCCAGGAUGCCCAUGGCAACUGCAUCGACAUCGACGAGUGCGUCAGCGUGGAGGAGCCCUGCAACUCUGGGUUCAACUGCAUCAACACGGUGGGGUCGUACACCUGUCAGCGCAAGAUCAUCCUGUGCAGCCAGGGAUACCACGUUAGUGAGGACGGGGCCCGGUGUGUCGAUGUGGACGAGUGUCAUACGGGUGUCCAUCGCUGUGGGGAGGGCCAGAUCUGCCAGAACCUGCCCGGCACGUACCGCUGCGACUGCCAGACGGGCUACCAGUACGACAUGAUCCGGAGAGUGUGUGUGGAUGUGAAUGAGUGCUGGCGUUACCCGGGGCGCCUGUGCGCCCAGACAUGUGAGAAUUCCCCCGGGUCGUACCGCUGCUCCUGCACAGCAGGCUUCACGCUGGCCUACGACGGCAAGAACUGUGAAGAUGUCAACGAAUGCAACAACAACCCGUGCAGCCAGGAGUGCGCCAAUAUAUACGGCUCGUACCAGUGCUACUGCCGGCAAGGCUUCUACCUGAAGGAGGAUGGGCACACCUGCGAAGACAUUGACGAGUGCUCCCAGAGCAUCGGCCACCUGUGCGCCUUCCGCUGCGUCAACGUCCCAGGAAGCUACCAGUGCGCCUGCCCCCCGCAUGGCUACUCCAUGUCCCCCAACGGACGCACCUGCAGAGACAUAGACGAGUGCUCCCUUGGAGCCCACAACUGCAGCGCCACUGAAACCUGCUACAACAUCCAGGGCAGUUUCCGGUGCCUGUCCUUCAGCUGCCCGCAGAACUACCGCAGGGUGUCGGACACACGCUGUGAGCGCAUCAGUUGCCCCAACUUCAUGGACUGCCAGAACUCACCACUGCGUAUCACCUACUAUCAGCUGAGUUUCCAGACGAACAUCCUCAUCCCUGCCCAGAUUUUCCGCAUUGGGCCAUCCCCGGCCUACUCGGGAGACAACAUCAUCAUCAGCAUUACUCGGGGGAACGAGGAGAACUACUUCAGCACCCGCAAGCUCAACGCCUUCACGGGUGCCGUCUACCUGCAGCGGCAGGUGCGCGAGCCCCGCGACUUCCUAAUCGACGUGGAGAUGAAGCUGCUGCGCCAGGGGACCUUCACCACCUUCCUGGCUCGGAUCUAUGUUUUCAUCACAACCCACUCCCUCUAGAAUACCGGCUGGGGAGUGGGGGGCGGGGGGUGGAUCUCUCAAGGUGCUAAAGCCAGGAAUCCAGAAACUCUCUAAGCAUUGCUUACACUGCAACAGGGGCCUCUUAGUGCUGGGGCUUCAGACCUGAUCUGGGGCCGGUGUGUUAGACGUUUCUUCAGCCCGCAUGAUAACUCCAAGCACUGACACAGUGUGUUUAUGAAUGUGCUUGAAUUAUUAGAUUUCUAUUUUUAAAUUACAAAAGAUGAGUACUGGUGUCCCGUUCAUGAUGUUCCCUGCCUCACGCCCUAUGCGGAGGAUAGACUAGGAUAGGCUCUGGACCACCUCAUCCCUGCAAUCAACAAGCAGUUUGUGAAAAUGGUAAAAAAUAAAGAUAGUCCUCAACUUACAACAUGUGCAGGUUACGACCAUUUGAACUUACGACCGUCAUCCCAUUGACCAUAUUGUAUUUUUGAGUUACUGUUUGGUUUUCUUAUCAAAUGACACCUGAUCCAUAAGAUUCUUAUGAAGUUCUUAUAAGCGAAAGGGAAAAUAACAGUGCGGCGUGAAAAUAUAACACUUUGCUGUUAAUUAUUAUUGCUAUUGUUGUUGGAUAUUAGUAUUAACUCGAAAAUAAAAGUUAAAAAUAUAACAAAGCUUUAUUACACAACAUAGCAUUUCUGCAUGCUAACUGCUUAUAUCAUAUAUUCUUAUGGUUUACAUAUAAUACAAUAAAACGAGACUUCGAGAAAAUCGUCUUACGAUGAGGUCAUUACAAUGGGUCCAUGUUGUAAGUCGAGGACUUCUUGCAGCUGCAUAUAUCUAAACGAUGUACCAAUUGGACCAAUUGCAAAUAUAUAAAUAAAUUGGCUGGAGAGACACACUGGCCCUCUGGAUUGAGUUUGACACCCCAACUCAGUGGUAUGCGCAUGCGUACGCCUGUCCGAAUGGCCUGUUAAACGAAAUAUUGCCAAAGACAUUAUAGUAAGUUCUCUGUAGAAAUAAAUGUGCGGUUUGGUGGUGUGGAUGCACUGAUGACACACGGGGCGAAACGGGAAGGAGCGUGCCUGUCCUCGCGCUGCAAAGACAUGCCGUCUUCGAGGCGGCGUUACACCGCCAGUGUGCGCCCUCCGCCAAACGCCAGAUAUAUCCGCAUAUCAUUCCUCUCGAACCUCUGCUCGGUGUUUUUGUUCUCUGUAGACCUACAAAUGUUACUUGCAGAAAGUCGUCCGUCCUCUUUACGAGACAGUCUGGCGCACGUUACACAAAAGGAUGUAUAAUAUUUUUAUGCUUGAUUUUAAAAUGGUAUCUCCUUCUUUGAAUACUUUUCUAGUACAAAGCGGCUAAUCGCUCUGGACACUCGCAUGGUGAGCUCAUGUGACAUAAAUAGCAGCACUGAAAAUUCUGUUUCGUUUAUUGCCGGACACUGGCGUAUUACUGUGUCGAAAUCAUCUCAGGGUAAAAGGAGUUGGAAGAACCCAUUUUGCAAGUAGUGCUUUCCAUUAAACGCCUUCUGUACAACAGUGUGGUUUUCCACAGUUCUUACUGGUGGUGUGGACGCCGGGUGCUGCGGACGUCUCCAAGGUAACGGGGCAGUUCAACUGAUAUGACUCCGCUUUAGCACGACUGGAGGGAAAAGGCUGAACAAGUUAAGCAUCAGGAUUCAUAUGCUGUGC